AGAAGAACCUCCAUUGAGUACUACUGUCACAUGUCCUAAUUGCAAUAACAAACAUGACUUAAAAGAUUAUAAAGUAGAAUUGGGUAAAUGCAUGCGUUUGACUACUCGGAAGAGCAAACGAAAUACAACGAGAGCACAGCCUAACUUUGCUGAGACAUCAGUUGACAGUUUUCCUGAUCAAAGCAAAAGUAAAAAACGCAGGCAACAAUCUAAGAAAGGAGCUUCAAAGAAUGCUAAAGUCAGGUUACUGCAAGAUGACAGUGAUCUUUACUCUAAAGAGCUUGAUGGUCAUGCUACAAAAUCUGGCAAUAAACGUACGAAAAAAGGCAGUUGUUCAGCAUCUAAACCACAAACAAAGACUACCAUGCCUCAGUUAGAUUCUAGCUAUAAGCCAUCUCCAAGUUUUCAAGAUGAAUAUGAGACAAUUGAUGUUGACACUGUUGAAGAAACUAGCCCAUUUCCUGCUGUUUCUAAUUAUGAUUUAACUGAUCAUUCCAGUCCUGAAUUCUCCAAUUCUUUAGUGACAAGAAAAGAAGAAAAUGGGAAAAUAAAAAUGAUAAUUAAAAGUGACCCUCAGAAGAAAAAAAAGAAAAAGAAAUCAAAACAUGAACCUUACCCUGGAAACAGUUGAUUCAACUUAAAACCCUAGAAUCCUUUGAAGUGAGCUAUUACAAAAUGUUGAAAUUUUUGGUUGUGGGCUACCUUGUGCAUAUUUGUGAAGCUUUAUGUGUAAAUUGCAUCGAUUUGAAGAAUUAAUAAAGGGUUUUUCUUUUA